GACGCCGGACCGCGUUUCUCAGAGGACAAAGCUGCCCACAGCGACUUCCGGUAGGGACGUCGGCAGGAUGGCCAGUGGCACGGGCUGAUGAGGUGGCCCCGGGGCCAGCGGGGAGGCAGGGUUCGGCGUGCCUCCUGGGACAGCACGUCAACCCGUGGACCAGCGCGCUUCCCGAGGGUGCUGGAGAAGCACCUUCUUUGGACUCUGAAUGUCUUCUAAAGUGGACCAAGAAAAGAUAUAUACGUUGGAUUAAAAAAAAGCAAUGGCCCAUGGGUUGGUGGUGUUCAGAGAUGUGGCUGUGGACGUCUCCCCGGAGGAGUGGGAGUGCCUGGACUCGGCGCAGAGGGCCUUGUACAGAGAGGUGAUGCUGGAGAACUACAGCCACCUGGUCUCACUGGGACUCUCUAUUUCGAAGCCAUCUGUGAUCUCCUCGCUGGAGCAAGGGAAGGAGCCCUGGGUGGUGCUGAGGGAAGUGGCAGGAGGACCGUGCUCAGACUUGGCAUCCAGGUGUAAGCCCAAGAAGUUAUCUCCGGAAGGAGACAUUUAUGAGAUAGAAUCAUCCAAAUGGGCUAUUGUGGAACCAUUUAAAAGCUGUAAUUCUGAAAAAUCUAUUUCCAAAGAUAUUUGGGAAUGCAAAAAUCAAUUUGCGGGUCAACAGGAAGGCUAUUUCAGGCAGUUUAUUAUCAAUCAUGAACACAUGCCUAUUUUUCUCCAACAUACUUUACUCACUCAGGAAUUAUGUCAUUCAGAAAAAAUACCUGAAUGCAAAGAAUACAGAAAAAACUUCAAUUACCACUUGUUUUUUCAUCAUCAAAAAAGAAGUCAUUGUAAAGAAAUACUUUCUGAAUGUAACAAAUGUGCAGACACGUUUAAUAUAUCAUACCUUACUCAACAACAGAGAAUUCAAAAUAGUAACAAAUGUAAUGACUGUAAGGACUGUUGGAAAGCCUUCAUUCAUUGCUCACAACUUAAACAACAUCUGAAAAUUCAUAAUGGUGAAAAACGUUAUGAGUGUAAAGAAUGUGGGAAGACUUUUAAUUAUGGUUCAGAACUUAUUCUACAUCAGAGAAUUCACACUGGUGAGAAACCCUAUGACUGUAAGGAGUGUGGAAAGGCCUUUCGACAACGAUCACAACUUACUCAACAUCAGAGACUUCACACUGGUGAAAAGCCUUAUGAAUGUCAGCAAUGCGGGAAGGCGUUUAUUCGUGGCUUUCAACUGACUGAACAUCUACGACUCCAUACUGGUGAGAAACCCUAUGAAUGUAAAGAGUGUGGGAAGACUUUCAGGCAUCGCUCACACCUUACCAUCCACCAGAGAAUUCACACUGGUGAGAAGCCCUAUGAAUGUAGAGAAUGUGGAAAGGCCUUUAGCUAUCACUCAAGCUUUUCUCACCACCAGAAAAUUCAUUCUGGCAAGAAACCUUAUGAAUGUAGUGAAUGUGGAAAGGCCUUUUGUGAUGACCUACAACUUGCCCUCCAUCGCAGGAUUCACACUGGUGAGAAACCCUAUGAGUGUAAGGAGUGUGGGAAGACUUUUCGACAGUGCUCACACCUCAAAAGACAUCAGCGAAUUCAUACUGGCGAGAAACCUCACGAAUGUAGGAUAUGCGGUAAGGCCUUUAGGCUUCAUUCACACCUUAUCCAACAUCAGAGAAUUCACACUGGUGAGAAGCCCUAUGAAUGUAAGGAGUGUGGGAAGGCCUUUAGCUAUCAUUCAAGCUUCUCACACCAUCAGAGAAUUCAUUCUGGGAAGAAACCUUACGAAUGUGGGAAGAACUUUAAUCAUAGCUUACAGUUUAAUCUACAUCAGACCGCGCUUGCUGGUGAGAUGCCAGUAAGGUUUCCUUUCCUUCCUCCCCAUCCUAAUCUAGUAUCGUAAAUUAUUUUGGGACGUAUACUUUUUUUUUUUAAGAAAAAUACUGAGUUUCAUUAGUACUGAUUUAUUUCAGUAAUCCUUGAAUAUCAAUUUUUUCCCAGUGAGAAAAUGAAAGGUUUUUUUUUUUUUAAGAUUUACUUAUUUAUUUUAUACAAGAGCUGGGGCACAGGCCAGAAGCGUGGGAGGGUGAGAGGAUUCACCAGAGCCAGAGCAGGUAGCAGAACAGGCAGAUGACAGAAAUACACUGCUGAGGGGAGCAGUGGGCGCAAUAGGAGAGGUCUGCUGCGCCAUGUGGGAUUCUUGCCAACCGGCCAGGAUCGAACCCGCACUGCAGAGGCUGUGGACAGCUUCACAGCACUGCAUUCAACCCGCUGCGCCACUGGGGAGGCCCAGAAAAUGGAAGUUAUUAAAAGGUAAAAAUUGCUCUGAUUUCAGUGCUGUUUCUGAGCUGCUAUAAUAACCUUGAUGGACAGUAAAUUUUAAAAAUAUGUAUGUUUUCACCAUAACCAGUGAAGUGUGGCAGAAAUAAAAUGAAAAAUUUCUUCUUACAAAUCCCUGCGAUAACAGUGUGUGUUACUCCUUUCUUUUUUUUUAAAAAAAGUUUUAUUUAUACAAGAACCGGGGUACAGGCCAGAUUCGUGGGAGGGUAAGAGGAUUCACUAGAGACAGUGGGGAACAGAACAGGCAGACUGACGAAAUACACUGUUGAGGGGAGCAGUGGGCGUGACAGGAGAGGUCUGCCGUGCCAUGUGGGUGUCUCCAUGACCGACCGGGAAUUGAACCUGCGAUGCAGAGGCUGCAGACAGCUCCACAGCGCUGUGCUCAACCUGCAGUGCCACCGUGGAGGCCCUGUGUUGCUCCUUUCUGCAUGCUGGAAGAAUACCUACAUGUAUGAAGGGUUUAUCACAAUUGAGUGCAAGAGGUUUUAUCCCUAUGCAGUGUAUUUCUCGGCUGUUGGCUCUUUUCACUUAUUAAUCAUGGGCAUUUUCCCAGGUCAAUAUGUACAUGUAUGUGUAUAAAUACAUAUGUAGCAAUGUAUAAUAUUGAUCACAGAUACAUAUCAGUUGAGAUAAAAAAUAUAUAUGCAUUUAUAUUCUUUUGUAAUUACAUAAUUAACUUUAUUCUAGUACUCUGCUUUUUCUUUUUGUGGAUUUGAAUUACCACCUCACUUACUUUUAGUCUGAAGAACUUUACUAUAUCUUGUAUGGUGUCUGUUAGCAAUGAAUUCCAGUUUUGUUUAACUAGAAAUGUCUUUAUUUCACCACUUACGAAAGACAAUUUUGCAUGGAUACAGAAUUCUUUGUAUACAGAUUUUCCUCCCAGCACUUUGAAUGUGUCAUCCCAUUGUCUUCUGAUCUUCACUGGUUCUGGUAAGAUUCCUUGUUAACCCCAUGGAAUAGGAGGGCACCUUCUCAGUAAUAAGGUUGUUUUGGUUUUGCUUUCGUUUUCUGUUUCUGCCUCCAAGCUUUUUUUGACUUUAGAUUUCAGCAAUUUUACUAUGAUGUUUCUGGUUGUGGAGCUUCUUGGAUGUGUAUAUUAAAGUUUCAACAAAUUAGAAACUU